AUGGAGCUUUUGGUUGGGGAGGAGUUCCUUUUCCAUUUGACUCCCUUUACUUCAGAUGUGUUAGCAGUUGCUGAUCUUGGAAUUCAUAUCUGUGAGUAUAAUAAGGCUAGUAUUUUGUUUGCCAUCUUGGCAUGGCUGGCGAUGGAUAAUUCAAUCAAAGAUGUGACUCUAAGUCUUCACUGCUGUAAGGCACCUAGGGUAGAGGCUAUUAGUAUAAGUGCUCGGGCUAAUAGUGAAGAGGUGUUUGCUUUAUCUUUGUUGGUUAGCAACUUGUUUGCCAUAGACAGG